CUAGCCUACAGGGCCGCCACGUUCAAACGUUCGUUCCGGCGAGCGCGUGCAGAUUGUAUCGUAUUUAUUAUACAGAGGCCAACUUUAUAUAUAAAGCAAUUUCUUCAGACUCGAAGAAGAUGCUGCAAACUCGUGCUAGACGUCUAAAGUUAGUUUAAUAUAGCCUGCCUGACCGAGAAAACUACUUCACCAUAUUCUCUACAGUGUGGAAGAGCUACACAUAAACUUGGCUUACACAAGCUUUUUCGUCGUAUGUAUUUUCCAGUUAACAACACGAAUUGUGUCCAGUCACAGAAUGCCUUCAAAACACAAAGGCAAUGUUUGGACUAUACUCCCUAUUUCAAAAGGAUAUCUGAGUGGUCAUCUAGUAUUUGUUUUUGUAACAUCAACUCUCCAGCUGACCUAUGGUCAAUGUAUAGGAGGGACGGUAUCAUUUGAAAAGAUUGCUGGUACUACUUUACGAGAAGCAGUUCAAACCCCACUCUAUUCCAUAGCACCCAGUGCACGAGAGGCAGACAAUCCAGUAACUGCAGAAUGUACCAACAGAUGUCGCGCUUCACCAGACUGUCCAGCUUUCCUGAUAAAUUAUGACAGACGAGCAUGUUUUGCUUUAAAUAUUAUUUCUGAAGGAAGAAGAGAGAGUUUAAUGUCGUCUCCUGAUAAAGCUAACUACUUUGAGAAAAUAUGUUUAAAAGCUUCUGGAUGUGAACGGGCAUGGGCCUUUGAGCGAGUUGUGGGAAAAGAGCUGCUUGGAUUUGAUGAUCGUGUCAUAGGUGAUAUACCCAACAAAUUGGAGUGUCAAGAGCUGUGCUUACAAGAGCGAGUGUUCCCUUGCCGUUCCGGAGAAUACGACUACACUUUGCAGCAGUGUCGGCUGAGUACCGAAGAUAGGCGUUCUCAGCCCUCGUCUUUCAGACCUGCCAUUGGGGACGUGGAUUAUUUCGAGAAUCAGUGUGUGGACAACACAGGUGGACCCGGCCAGUGCCAGUAUGAACAGAAAAACGACCUUGACCUCCAACAGCCUGACCUCUUACGAUCAGCUUUUAGCCCAGAACAAUGCCGAGCUCUGUGUGAUGGGACAAGAGCCUUUAUUUGUCGAUCGUUCACUUUCCAGCCAUCAGCAGCACGGUGUUGGUUAAGCAGUGAUGACGUUGUUAGCGUUGGUGCUCGAGCUUUAGUGCCCCGAUCUGAGGUCUUUUUUUACCAGCGUUCUAACUGUCUGGACCUGAAAUUGACAUGUUCGUCGGAGGCAAUGAAACUAACUUUGAAAACUCUGGAACCUUUUGAUGGAAGAAUUUUUGCGAAAUCAGCACCACACAAAUGUGAGACCUAUGGCAACAGAAGGACCAGCACCAUAUUCGAACUCCCUCUAGUUUCGGAGAACUGUGGUGGUAGGAAGGAG